AUGGAUAUCUGCGCUGAUAUUCUGUCCUCCGCCCAUACAUUACACACUCGUUCGAGCGCAAACGCCGAUACAGCGGGCCGGCCCCCAGUCUACAAGGCGAUUGGCAUAUCCUUGGCAGUGGCGUCAGGUCUUUUUAUCGGCUCAUCUUUCGUCCUUAAGAAAAUUGGUCUAUUGAAAUCGAAUGUCAAAUAUGAUCAGGAAGCUGGGGAAGGAUACGGGUAUCUUAAGAAUGCCUGGUGGUGGGCUGGCAUGAUCUUAAUGAUUAUUGGAGAAGUGUGCAACUUUGUGGCAUACGCAUUUGUCGACGCGAUCUUGGUCACACCUUUCGGAGCACUUUCUGUCGUCAUCACAACGAUAUUGUCAGCCAUAUUCCUCAAGGAAAGACUAAGCUUCGUAGGCAAGGUCGGAUGCUUCUCCUGCAUCAUUGGAUCGGUAGUCAUAGCAAUCAAUGCCCCAGAGCAAUCAUCCGCCGCCGAUAUCCAGGAGAUGAAACACUAUGUGAUUUCACCGGGAUUUCUCAGCUAUGCAGGAGUCAUCAUAGUGGGUUGUGUGUUUGUCGCUCUAUGGGCUGGACCCAGAUAUGGCAAAAAGAGCAUGAUGGUCUACUUGAGCAUCUGCAGUCUCAUUGGCGGAUUGAGCGUUGUCGCAACGCAGGGUCUCGGAGCGGCAAUUGUGACGCAGAUUGGUGGUACUCCGCAAUUCAACCAGUGGUUUCUUUAUGUGCUGCUGGUGUUCGUUGCAGCCACACUGAUCACUGAAAUAAUUUAUCUCAAUAAAGCCCUCAACAUCUUCAAUGCAGCUCUAGUAACGCCAACGUAUUAUGUAUAUUUUACAAGUUCGACCAUUGUCACGUCUGCCAUCCUGUUCCGUGGUUUCAAGGGCUCCGCACUAUCAAUCGUAACAGUGGUGCUUGGAUUUUUCCAGAUUUGCUCAGGUGUAGUCCUUCUGCAGCUCUCAAAAUCGGCCAAGGACGUUCCAGAUGCCGCUGUCUUUACAGGUGACCUGGAUCAAGUGCGGACAGUGGCUGAACAGGAACAGCCCGAGUCUGAACCAAAGGCCGAUGCUAUACGCGGAGCGUCUGCUAUCGUCCGAAGAUUCUCGCAAUCAAGGCAGAAGAAGGAGCUGGAGGAGGCGAAGAGAGUUCAGAGUGACCGGAUGCAUGAUCUUGAGCCGAUUGGUGAGAAUGAACAAGUUGAAUGGGAUGGCAUACGACGUCGUAAGACCAUUAGGAGCGGCCCUGGCAGCCUUCAUCGAACCAAAACACGUCAUCCGCCACUCGGAUUGACGUACUUCCCCGAUGAAACAGAGGAUGAGCGGCGGCCAGAGAGUCAAAGCACAGACAGGAGCUUUUUCGGACAAUUUCGCCGAAAAACAUCAACAAUGCCAACAUUUGGCAAUGCAAAAGUCGACUUGGACUCUCGAAGUUCCAGCUUACACAACCCGAAUUAUGUGCCAUUGAGCGAGAUUUCAGUCACGCCUACGCAAAUCCGCUGGGCGUCUGGGGUUGACGAAAAGCCGCAUCUUACAGCAUCCUCUGGAACGGAACAUGAUAGCAACAGCCUUGCACCAAAUCCACCGCCUCAUGGAGCCAAGCGACAGUUCUCCUUCCAAAAGGUCUUCCACCGACAUCGAUCAGAUGAUGGCUAUUCGGAAAAUGAUGGCCAUCGUCCGUCAAGUGCUCUUGGCUUUGGAAAUCGUGGAAGGCAUAGUCGUGAUCAAAGCGAGAGCAUGAUGCGAAACGCUACGGAGGAAGAACGGCUCGGGCUUGUCAAAGGCGACUCCAAGAAUCUAUUGGCUGAGGAUGAUCUCUACCACGAUGGAGAGGAACAGCAUGACAUCAUGUCUGAUCGGACGUCUUCAGACGAGGACUGGCACCAGCUCGGCGGUUAUCCCUCAAAUAUCGCCGGCAGAGCACAUAUACCCGUUCUUGAUGACAAUGAGGAUACCGAAUCAACAGGUUAUGGAGCCACGAGGACGGUCGGAAAUGUAGAACCAAUCAGUAACCUCGAUCAUCGAGGCUCUGGCACAAGUAGAGGAAGCGACCCAUCUUCUAGUGUAGCGACUCGUGAUCUCAUUCUUCCUCGUGUUGCUGUCGAGGGUCGCGACAUUGAUCUUCACUCUGAUGAAAGCUUUGGCCAUGAACGUGCUAGUUCUGAUAGUCAUGAUCUCAGCGAGACUCAGGGUCCAAGCAGGCAUCAAAGCACUCGGAGCGCAUCUGACUGGGAGGAUCGCCGCUCGGAUACUGGUGCCUUCAUAUAA